AUGGAGCUGGGGUACCUGAAACUGAUUCAUGAAAAACUACAUUACUAUGAAAAACAGAACCCAGUGCCCAUACUGCACGGUGCAGCAGCCUUGGCAGAUGAUCUGGCUGAGGAGCUGCAGAGCAAACCGCCGAACAGCGAGAUCAGGGAGCUGCUGAAGCUGCUGGCAAAGCCCCAUCUCAAGGCUUUACUCUCUGUACAUGAUACCGUUGCUCAGAAGAACUACGAUCCUGUGCUGCCCCCCAUGCCUGACGAUAUUGAUGAGGAAGAAGAUUCAGUUAAGAUAAUCAGACUUGUCAAAAACAGGGAACCAUUGGGGGCUACUAUUAAAAGAGAUGAACAUACAGGGGCAAUUGUAGUGGCCAGGAUAAUGCGUGGAGGUGCUGCAGAUAGAAGUGGUCUUAUACAUGUUGGUGAUGAACUCAGGGAGGUCAAUGGGAUUCCUGUAGAUGAUAAAAAACCUGAAGAAAUAAUACACAUUUUGGCUCAGUCUCAAGGAGCAAUUACAUUUAAAAUAAUACCUAGCGUGAAGGAAGAAGCCCCAGCAAAGGAAGGCAAGAUGUUUAUCAGAGCCCUAUUUGACUAUGAUCCUAAUGAGGAUAAAGCAAUUCCUUGUAAAGAAGCAGGACUUGCUUUCAGAAAAGGAGAUAUCCUUCAGAUCAUGAGCCAGGAUGAUGCAACCUGGUGGCAGGCCAAACACGAAGGUGAUGCCAAUCCCAGAGCAGGCUUAAUCCCUUCAAAGCAUUUCCAGGAGAGGAGAUUUGCACUGAGAAGACCAGAAGUGCAGAUUCAGCCACUGAAAAUUUCCAACAGAAAAUCAUAUGAGGAAGCGGUUGAGUGUGAGGAAAUUGAAGAAGAUGCUGAGUGUGCUGGUCACAACAGUGGAUCCCAUCUAGCUGGUUUUAGAAGAAGCUUUCGUCUUAGUAGAAAAGAUAAAAAAACAAACAAAUCUAUGUAUGAGUGCAAGAAGAGUGAUCAAUACGAUACAGCAGAUAUCCCAACAUAUGAAGAAGUUGCAAAAUAUAGACGACAACCUAAUGAAAAAUACAGGCUUGUAGUUUUGGUUGGUCCUGUUGGGGUUGGACUGAAUGAACUUAAACGGAAAUUGCUGAUCAGUGACACGCAGCAUUAUGGGGUGACAGUGCCACACACUACCAGAGCAAGAAGAGGCCAAGAAAGUGACGGUGUUGAGUACAUUUUCAUUUCCAAGCACUUGUUUGAGACAGAUGUACAGAAUAACAAGUUUAUUGAGUAUGGUGAAUAUAAGAACAACUACUAUGGUACAAGUUUAGACUCCGUUCGAUCUGUUCUGGCUAAAAACAAAGUUUGUUUGUUGGAUGUGCAGCCUCAUACAGUGAAACACUUACGGACAUAUGAAUUUAAGCCAUUUGUUAUAUUUAUAAAGCCUCCAUCACUUGAACGUUUGAGAGAGACCAGAAAAAAUGCAAAGAUUAUUUCAAGUAAAGAUGAUAGGGGAACUGCAAAACCCUUUACAGAAGAAGAUUUUCAAGAAAUGAUCAAAUCUGCUCAGGUGAUGGAAGGCCAGUACGGCCAUCUCUUUGAUAAGGUGAUAGUCAACGAUGACCUUGCAGCUGCUUACAGUGAGCUCAAAACAACUUUCGACAGAUUGGAGACUGAGACCUUCUGGGUUCCCGUCAGCUGGCUGCACUCAUAACAUUUAAAUGGGCAAAACAUCCGGUGAUGGCUCCAAAUCCAAAUAUGGUGCAUUUCUAGGCAUUAUUUACUUGCCGUUUUCUUGGUAGGAGAGCUUUAUAACUGUAAUGGAAGAGCAGGUACAGUCUUCCUGUGCUUGAAACAUUGGUCUUGUUUUUCUGUGUCUUCAAUCCUUCUGUUCAGAAUUUGGGACAGUGCAGUCAGAUUUAACCCUUUCUUUACACUCAAGAAAGGGAGCUAACACUAGUGUAACAAAACUGCCAAACACUUCUCUGUUAUUUGUAAGUCUGUCUCCAAGGUAUGUCUUUUUUAAUGGAGAGUUACCAGAAGAUACUAAUUAAUUCUAGAGAUCAGCACUUUGAUGGUUUUAAAUGUAACUGCUCUCAUAAAAAGCACAUCAGUGCUUGGAAAUUAAGUGCUUGAGAGAACUGAGACAGGCAAAAGUGACCAACAUUUUUUAUGAGGAAGACAUCAUAGUUUAAUUAAAUUAAGUAUCAAGAUAUCUUUUUACUUUUUUAGAUGUGAACCUUGUCUCACAUGUACAGACCGAUUUUAGUAUUCCUUUGCACUUACUAGUCAUGAAAUGCAAGAUGUAUUCAGUGGCUUGAUUGUGAAAUAGUCUGCUAUGAGCAUGCAUGGAUGGGAAAUAUUUUCAUGCAUGCUUUGUGGCAAAAUAAAAUUCAUGGAAAUAUUUAUUUAAAUAGGGUAAAGUUACUAUGUACAUAACUUCAGAAUCUUUUUUUAGGAUUAAUUUUCUGUAAGA